CGCGAAUCUACGAAGCGUGUGUGGAGUGCGCCGCCGAAUGUGCUGAUUUGGCCCUUUUUCCUUUAACCGUGCCAUUUGGACACAUCGUGUACAUUGCAGUUAAAUCGCUGUUUUUCACGUUUUCCUGUUGAAAAACGUAUUUAAUAUUCAAUUUUUGUUCUUAGUUUAACCUCAACCCGACAAUAUGAAUACCGUAAACGUGUUCUCCUGCCGACACUGCUAGUACAAUACGCAUAGCCUAGUACAAUCACGUGACAACUCGUUUAAAAACCUUAACGUAACCCUGGCUGCUGUUUUUUGAUCUCCGUACCCAAAUAACGUGCGUUUAAAUAGACAAAAUGACAAAUCAACCGCCAGGAGCUGUAUCCCCUGCUAAGGAGCCCGUAAAGGUUUUCGAGGGAGUCGUCAAACAGGUUAAUUCUGGAGAUUCCAUUGUUAUUCGCGAGGAAGUCUACACUGGGUAUCCAAAAGAGAAGCAAAUUACUAUUAACAACAUAAUUGCUCUUAAAUUUGGUCGUCGUCCAGCGAAUAAUGAUCCUUCAGCUAAGGGAACUGAUGAUGAACCUUUUGCUUUUGAAGCUCGAGAAUUUCUCAGGAAAAAACUUGUUGGAAAAAAGGUGUUUUUCAAAACUGCUGGUCAAGUACCAGGAAGUGGAAAACCUCGUUAUUAUGGUGAUAUUUAUUAUCCAACAUUAGAAAACAAUAUCGUAAAUGAGCUUGUAGAAAAUGGUUUGGUCACAGUAAAAACUGUAAAAUCUAACAAUCCAGCUGCAGACCUUCAAACAUUAAUUGAUUUGCAAAACAAAGCAAAAGCUGCUAAAUUGGGUAAAUGGGAUGGUAGUACAAAGAAUGCUUUAAAGAAAAGUGGAGUUAUUGAAGAUGUAGAAGUAUUUUUGAAGAAAAAUGCCAAAAAGCGCAUUAAGGCUAUUGUGGAAUCUGUUAUUGAUGGAUCUACCAUUAAACUGAUGCUACUGCCUGAAGGACAAAUGAUCACUUUAUACCUUUCAGGAAUUAAGUGUCCUUCUGAAAAUGAAGAAUUUGGAGAUGAAGCAAAAUUUUUUGUUGAAAUUCGUUUGUUGCAAAAAGAUGUUGAAAUUACACUAGAAGGAGUUUUAUCUAACAACAAAACACCAUCAUUCUUUGGCACUAUUUACCAUCCAGCUGGUGAAAUUGCUGUUGAAUUGGUUAAACAAGGAUUUGCUACAUGCCAAAAUCGUAGUAUGAAAUAUUUAGAAGGUAGUGCUGAUAAGUUAAGAGCAGCUGAGAGACAGGCUAAAGAAAAGAAACUAAGGAAAUGGCAAAAUUAUCAACAUACUGGACCAGAAAUUCCUGAAAAAGAAAUUAUUGGAACUGUUAUUGAAAUUGUUCGUGAAGAAGCUUUACUUGUUAAAACUUCAAACCAUGAUAAACCUAAGAAAAUUUUCUUGUCAAAUAUUAAACCAGCAAGACUUGGAAUUGAAGUACCUAGAGGUGAACAAACUGGGGAAGAUGCUCCUCCUCGUGCUCCACGAACAUUGGCUAAACAUUUCUAUGAAAUUCCAUGGGCAUACGAAGCCCGUGAGUUCCUAAGAACACGUUGUAUUGGAAAAAAAGUAAAUGUUUCUGUUGAUUAUAUACAACCAAAGUCUGAUAAAUUUGAAGAGAAAAUAUGUGCUACAGUGACAGUCAAUGGAAUAAACCUCGCUGUAGAAUUAGUUAAAGAAGGUCUGGCAACUGUAAUGAACAAUCCCAGAGAUGAUCAGAUGUCUCAAUGUUUUGAUGACCUGAAGAAAGCUGAAGAAAUAGCUAAACAAUCUCACAAAGGUUUAUACUCAAAAUCACCUCCACCCAAACAACGAAUUACUGAUUGUUCAAGUGCAGGAGACUCAGCUCGUGCUAAGGCUUUGUUGCCUAGUUUACAACGAUUCCCAAGGUUUGAAGCUCUUGUUGAGUAUGUAGCUAGUGGAUCACGAAUGCGUCUUUAUGUUCGAAGAGAAUAUUCCUUGAUUACCUUCCUUUUAGCAGGUAUUACAUGUCCUAGUGGUGAGAGACCUAACCAAGGUGAUCAACCAUCAGCAGCUGAGGAAUAUCACCAAGAAGCAUUAGCUUUUACUAAGGAAAAAAUUAUGCACCGUGAAGUAGAAAUUACAGUUGAAUCUUGUAACAAAGGGGGUAGUAUGAUUGGUUGGUUAUUUAUUGGUAAUACCAAUUUGUCCUUGGCUCUUGUUAAGGAAGGUCUUGCUAAGGUACAUAGGUCUGCUGAGCGUUCCGAAUACUUCAAACAGCUUCAACAAGCUGAAAAAGAAGCUAAGGAUAAAAAACUUAAUUUGUGGAAAAAUUAUGUCGAAGAACCUGAAGAAUCAAAUAACAAUACAAGCAAACCUGAAAAAGAAGAUACUGUUAAAGAACGUAAAACUAACUAUAGUGAGGUACUCGUUUCUGAAAUAAGUCCCGAGUUGCAUGUUUUUGUGCAACCAGUUUCAGAAGGUCCCAAGUUGGAAAAUCUUAUGGAUAACAUGAGGAAACAGUUUGAUUCAAACCCUCCAGCUACUGGACUUGUACCUAAAAGAGGAGAUAUUAUUGCGGCUAAAUUUAAAGAAGACCAACAAUGGUAUCGUGCAAAAGUUGAAAAAGUUAGUGGACCCAACAUUCAUGUUCUUUAUAUUGAUUAUGGUAAUAGAGAUGUAAUAACAGCAAAUGAAUGUGCUUUAUUGCCCCAAAUGUUGAAAAAUGAUCGUGCCUAUGCCAAAGAAUUUGGAUUUGCACUUGUUAAACUACCAAAACUACCUGAAUACCAGGAAGAUUCUAUAUUGGUAGUAAAAGAAGAGUUUAUCAAUAAAACUAUCAAUAUCAAUGAAGAAUAUACUUAUGAUGGCUUAACACAUGUUACUGUUUUGGAUGCUGACAAAAAAGAAGAUCCAGUAAAAAAAUUAGUUGAAGAAGGAUUUUUAUUAGUUGAUAGACGUCGUGAAAGAUAUUUGCAAAAAUUGUUAACCGAAUAUAUUGAAGCUCAAGACAAAGCUAAGAAAGAUCGGUUACAUAUGUGGGAGUAUGGUGACAUCUCAGAGGAUGAUGCUAAAGAAUUUGGUUAUGCAAAAUAAGUCUUUCUUUACCUCAUGAAGACUAAUCAUCCACUGUCAGGCUUUUAACAACUGAACAAUAAGGUGUUUUACAAAUCCAUGAGCCAUAUUAUUAAAUUAAUUAAUAAUUUUAAAUGCAGACAUCUAAAUAUUUGAUAUAGAGUAUAUAUUAUAAAUGACUAUAUUUUGUGACGAAUAGUUAUGGCAUUUUAUCUGUUUGUUAAAAUUUUUUUUUUUAAUCAUUUGUUUCCUAAUUUAACUUUAGAAGAAACAAUCUAUUAUAUAGGUUGAUUUUCUCUACAUUUUUUGUGGAAUAGCUAAUAUAUUUUAUGAUUUGUUUUUAUAACAUAUUUUUUAGAGGUAAAUAAUUAAAUUAAUUUUAUAUAAAAAAUAUUGUUAUAGAAACUAUCACUUUUUUCUUUUAUUUCAUUAAAUCAAAAAAAAUGUUUUUAAAAAAAUUCCAAUUGUUUCUGAAAAAAUUUAAAGUUCAUUCUGUAUAUAAUAUUAAAUUUAAUCCAGUGUUAUUAACUCUUAAUAGAGUUACUUUGUAUUUUAAAAUUAUGUAAAUGUUUAUUAUUACUUAAAGCCUUGCUGAUAUUAAUUGAAACACUUAAAUCUUUUGUAAAACACUAUAUUAUGUCUGAUUUGUAGUGUGAAGACUGUUCAGAUGGAUUAUAUUAUCGAUUUACAUUA